ACUAAGAACCAGAAGAAAGAGCGGGCGGCGGCCCAGCAUCGCUCUCAGGAGGAGUUCGGCUCCGUCCCUCACUCCUUCGUCUUCCACCGCGGCCGCGUGGGCAAGAACCUGCAGCAGCUCAUCCUGGAUGUUCGUCGGGUGAUGCAGCCCUACACGGCCGCCAGCCUCAAGGUGCGCAAGAAGAACACUCUGAAAGACUUUGUGGCAGUGGCUGGACCUCUUGGGGUGACUCACUUCCUGGUGUUCACAAAAACCCCCACCAAUAUCAACCUUAAAUUCUUCCGUCUUCCUGGUGGGCCAACCUUGACCUUCAGAGUUGCUCAGUAUUCACUCAUCAAAGAUGUUGUGUCAACCCUGAAGCGGCACCGGAUGCAUGAGCAGCAGUUCAGCCACCACCCACUCCUGGUCCUCAACAACUUUGGCCUUCAGGGCAUGCAUAUCAAGGUCAUGGCGACUAUGUUCCAGAACAUGUUCCCUUCCAUCAAUGUCCACAAGGUAAACCUUAAUGCCAUCAAGCGUUGUGUACUGAUCAACUAUAACCCAGACACCCAGAUCCUUGAAUUCCGUCAUUACAGUCUGAAAGUGGUGCCUGUAGGAAUAAGCAAAGGGCUGAAGAAGAUCAUGCAGGAGAAGUUUCCUAACAUGAGCCGUCUGGAGGACAUCAGUGAACUAUUGGUUAGAGACAUAAAUCUUUCUGAGAGUGAAGCUGAGCAAGAUGGCAGUCACAACACCACAGAGCUGCCUCAGGCCUACGCUGGCCGGGGGAACAUGAAGGCCCAACAGAGUGCUGUCCGCCUCACCGAGAUUGGCCCUCGAAUGACCCUGCAACUGAUCAAGGUGGAGGAAGGGUUAAGCCAGGGCAAUGUGCUCUAUCACAGCUUCAUUUAUAAAACGGAGGAAGAGAUCCAGGAGGCCCUUGCCCGGAAAGAGGCAAGGCUGCAGCUGAAGGCUGAGCGGCGCCGCAAGCAGGAUGCAGAUGUGGAACGCAAGCAGGAGCAGAAGCAAGUUCACAGGAAGAAGAGUCUGGAGGGGAUAAAGAGGAAGAAGAAGCAGGCAGAGGGAAGUGACAGUGAUGCAGAGGACCCUGGGAUGCAAGAGGACCAGAAGGUGGAUGAGCCAUCAGACGAUGACAUGGAGUAUUAUCGGCAGGAAGUGGGAGAAGAGCCUGAUGAAGAUCUGUUUCCCCAAAGCACUAAGAGGAAACGAAGGCCCAGUCAGUCCACUAAAGCUGGGAAAAGGCAUAAAUGCACCCAUUCUGCUGGUGACCAGAGCCCAGCAGCAUCUGCAGGAAACAGCAACAAGGCAAAGAAGCAGAGGACAUCACGGCCCAUGCAGUGGAAGCAGCAGAAGUUGAGAGGCUUCUCUCCCCGACAGCCCAAGGGGGCCCAGAGUCAGCAACAGAGGGAGGCCGCUCAGCCCACAGUGCAGCACAGAGUGUCGCCAAAGACCAGGAGGAAGCAGCCCCAGACCCCAGGGCAGCACCACACCCGGCGGCAGCCUGGCUCAAGGCCCCGGAGGCAGGGCAAGUCCGGACUGGGGCGGAAGCCGGUGCUCAAAGGGAAAGGAAGCUUCAGAAAGCCCGGACGUUCAGGGAAGAAGAGGCCAGCCUAGAGCCCUGGGCCUCCCUCCCUUGGUUUUGUAUAGCUGUCCAUCAAAAACUGUGGAGAACAUUUCCUUUUAUCUUAAGGUGGGUGUGGGACCUUAUCUCUGACAGGACUCUAGGCCUGAAAUUUGCUUACAAGAUACUAAGCAGCCAUCUGUACAUUGGUCAAGAGAAAUAUAUCUUGUUGGAAAUACAUACCCUUCAGCCUUGAGAUCUCAAUUCCUCAAUUCCUGCUUUGGUGACUGCUGAAUUUAGGCUGUAAACAUGUUUGAGAGGAUCCACAAAGUGUCCAGUUUUCUGUGCUGUUUGAAAAGCUCUUUGCCAAA